ACAUAUCUACAGCUCGAAUCUGCAACGAGUGAGAGUGUAGUCGCAGCCCCGCGUGUAGGAGAAUGCAGACGGGAGGGGAGGAGUUCACGUCUUUUACUUUUCAAAGCUCCUCUGGCAGAAGAGCUCAGUCUUUGCCUGGAAAACCGCGGAGUUUGGCGCUGAGGCGUCCCGGGCAUGUGACCCCCCUCCUUCAGCCAGAUUAAUCGCUUCACCGCUGCAGCCUCCGAUUAAACUUUCCAUGCUGUUGCCCGUCCGACGGACAGCACUUUGGAGGUUUGUGUGGACCGUGUUCGCUCCCGCUCGCUCGCCCGUCCGCCGCGCUCCGGCUCUCCACCCUCGGCUCUCCAGGUUCAAAGGGCUCACGCGGCCAGUGGAGCUGGCCCGGGUCUCCCGCACGCAUGGAGGGAGACGUUAUGGACAAAGUGGAGGCCACGGCAACGGUCCGCGACUUCGACCCCAUCAGCGGAAGCAUCCCGGCCACCAAAGUGGAGAUAACCGUGUCCUGCAGGAAUCUGUUGGACCGAGACACUUUCUCCAAAUCUGACCCAUUGGUUGUGUUGUACACCCAGGGUGUGGAGUCCAAACAGUGGAGAGAGUUUGGGAGAACAGAGGUGAUAGACAACACGCUAAACCCAGACUUUGUCAGGAAGUACAUCCUGGACUACUUCUUCGAGGAGAAGCAGAAUCUGCGCUUUGACGUGUAUGAUAUUGAUUCUAAAAGUCCAGAUCUGGCAAAGCAUCCAACCGAAUUUAACGACUUCCUGGGACAGGUCUUCUGUACGCUGGGAGAGAUCGUGGGCUCACCUGCCAGUCGCUUGGAGAAACCGCUCGGUGGUAUACCCGGGAAGAAAUGUGGAACUAUUAUCUUGUCUGCGGAGGAGCUUGGAAACUGCCGAGAUUACGCCACCAUGCAAUUUUGUGCCAACAAACUGGAUAAAAAGGACUUCUUUGGAAAGUCAGACCCCUUCAUGGUCUUCUACAGAAGUAAUGAGGAUGGCACGUUCACUAUCUGCCACAAGACCGAGGUGGUGAAGAACACACUGAACCCCGUGUGGGAGCCCUUCUCCAUCCCUGUCAGAGCGCUCUGCAAUGGAGACUAUGACAGGACAAUCAAGGUGGAGGUGUAUGACUGGGACAGAGAUGGGAGCCAUGAUUUCAUCGGUGAAUUCACCACAAGUUUCAAAGAGCUGUGUCGGGGUCAGAACCAGCUGAAUGUGUAUGAGGUGGUGAAUGCCAAGAAGAAAAUAAAGAAGAAGAGAUACAUCAACUCUGGGACGGUAUCCUUGUUGUCAUUCAGUGUAGAGUCAGAGCACACCUUCCUGGAUUACAUCAGAGGAGGGACUCAGAUUCACUUCACAGUGGCCAUUGAUUUCACAGCAUCAAAUGGAAAUCCAUCACAGUCCACUUCACUACACUACAUGAACCCAUACCAGAUGAAUGCCUAUGCCAUGGCCCUGAAGGCAGUUGGAGAGAUCAUCCAGGACUAUGACAGUGAUAAGAUGUUCCCUGCCCUAGGAUUCGGUGCUAAGCUGCCCCCUGAUUGGAGGGUUUCCCACGAGUUUCCACUGAAUGGCAACGUUGACAACCCGUACUGUAACGGUAUGGAGGGGAUUCUUGAAGCGUACCAUCAAAGCCUUAAGACAGUUCAGCUCUAUGGACCCACCAACUUCGCUCCUGUUGUUAAUCAUGUGGCAAGGUAUGCAGCAGCAGUGCAGGACGGAUCUCAGUACUUUGUCCUGCUCAUCAUCACUGAUGGAGUGAUUUCGGACAUGGCUCAGACCAAGGAGGCCAUAGUGAAUGCAGCCAAACUCCCCAUGUCUAUCAUCAUUGUUGGAGUUGGCCAGGCUGAGUUUGAUGCAAUGGUUGAGCUGGAUGGUGAUGAUGUCAGAAUCUCCUCACGGGGGAAGGUGGCAGAGAGAGACAUCGUACAGUUUGUACCAUUCAGAGACUACAUGGACCGCACAGGUAACCAUGUGCUGAGCAUGGCCCGACUGGCUAAAGACGUACUGGCUGAGAUCCCUGACCAGCUGAUCUCCUACAUGAAGAGCAGAGCCAUUAAACCCAACCCUGUGCCAGUGUAUUCGCCCAGUGAUGAGCCGCCGACCAACCCCGUGUGAGCCCCUCCCCACCCACGCACACAAAGCUCUGCGUCGGGCAGAGCAAGGUUGAGAUCGAUGGGAACCACCAACACUUCUUUGAAGCAAAAAUGCUUUCGAGGCCCUUCCGUAAAUAUUAAUCCAGCGUAACACAAAGAUGAUGAGACUCCAUUGUGGUUUGGAGCAGUGAGACUGCAGAGAGGAACCUGCUAUGAUGAGGGAGCUUACUCUCUCUGAGUGCUUGAGGACCGGAGCGCUGAGAGACCGGUGUGAAAGGAGCUUUCAGUUGUUCACUGUCAAACCUGGCAAAAUGGUGAUGUAAUGGAUAGCAAGUGAGCCCAUAAAGAGGGCCUGUUUGAAGGCAUAAAUAUAUUAGGAUGUGCCAGUGUGUAUCAUGUUUGUGAUACCUUUUGGAAUCAAUGUGUGUAAACUAGGAAAUCGUGUGUAUACUAAUUUAUUUAUUUAUUGCAGAAAUGAUCUAUUCCUUUUAGGGGGUUUUAAAGGGCGGGGUGUUAAAGUCAUAUUUCCCCAGAAGUUUUCCACCUUAUAUUUUGUGACCGGUAUAAUAAAAACGACCCCCAUUUCUACUUUGAUAAGGACUGUAAUAUAAGAGCAUGUGACAAAACCCAUUCAGCAGUUUAUUAAUCAUGUUCACCUAUGAAUAAUCUUUGAUUGCAAGCUAUAAAGUAGAGCACCUCCUGCGAGCUGUUGCCAUAUAGACAUUUUAGCACCAUGUGUUAUACAUCUUUCUUAUAUUUAUAUUUACAGAAUGCACUAAAUAUUGUCCAAAUAAAAAGCACAAAGGCAAUAGUGGUGAUAAGCUGAAAAACUCUUAUUUUGAAAGGACUAGCCACAAUGACAAUAAUGGAAAGGACCCCGGAUUAUGUUUUUGACAUUGUCUGUUUUUAUUUUAAAUAGGAUUAUCACUACUAUUAUACUCAUAUUUAAAUUAACUUGUAUCUAUCAUAAAAACAAGCACAUACUCACUUUUCCAUGUAGUAAGCAAGGAAAUGUAGAUAAAACUAUUCUCAUGCUGCCAUCAUUUUCCAUCUUGCUGCUUCUUUCCAUUAUGUUUGUUGUGGUGACAGUUUAAUAUCUGAGAUUUGGUUCAGUAUUUUUAAAGGAGCCUUCAAAUACGGUAUACUUUUGAAAGACUGAUGUCAACUAACAGCCAUUUUUCUCCUCAUUAAAUUUGAUUUGUUUGUUUUUCCCCAGAAUGAAGAUUGAACAAUCCAUAAAUCUUGCAACAGAGUAAAAAAUAUAUUUAGGCACUGAGUGUUUUUUUUAAGUGACUGCACAAAACAAAAACAGACCAUUUUAUUUUAUUCCAUCCUGUCUGCUGUGUCCUCUGUGUCUCGACUGUUCUCAGAUCAUUUUGUUUUAUACUAAUGCACAACGGCCCAUUUUAUAACUCAUCGGGAUGCUAUUUAAAUGCUUAAAACCACAAUUACACAAUUCUGUUUUAAGAUUUAGUUUAAGCUUGUUGAUAUAUAUAUAUAUCGUUAUGGCGACUGUGUAUAAAUUGUGUAAAAAG